AGAGUAUCGUGCUGUUUUCGACUUCAUCACAAAAAUACCAUUACACAAGUUGUUUGUUACAAGGAGUGGCCUUAAGUUUGCCUUAGAAAAUAAUCUACUAUGAAAAUAUAAAUCUCAACAAACUUUUCAAAAACAAGAUGACAUCAACACGCUAAAAACUGGGCUCUACAGUCUCUAAACACACAUAGUCAUGGUGGUGGGCGCCCACCAACACCUCUCUUUCCUUCCCUCCCUUUGGCUUUCUUCCCUCAUCUCUCAAAAGCCAAACCAACAACAAAUGCUUCUUUGUCAUUUUCCCACCGUCCGUCAAACCCCUUCAAUCCACCCACCUUCUCCGAUUCUCCUUCACGUUCGUACAGAAAAAACCGUACUACCGGAGAACCACCACUAACGUACGUGCUUCCAAAAACCCCCCAUGUAACCAUUUCCGAUUUUUACAUGCAGUGAAGAAGGUUCCCAUCUUUUGGAAAGCAGCCAACUUUUUAUUAUCCUGACUUAUCUACAUAACUUUUUUCUUGGAUUUUCCCUCUUCCUUUAUCACCCUUUUGUCUUCGAAAUUAGAUUUUGUUCGGCCUUUGUAGGAUUUGCAGUGGUAUUAGGGAUUGUAUAUAUGGUAGUUUUUCUGCCUAUCUUGCCAAGACAAUCGUUAUCCCUUCCAGUCUUUCAGGGGGUCCAUGAUUUUUUUACAGUUAGCAGAAACCCGAAGAAGAAUGGUUUUUUUACCGAGAAUUUUCUUCUGGGAUUUCAUUGUUUGAGUGUGUAUUGCCUAGAAUUGAGUGAAUCAGCAUCCGGGUUCUCACUAAUUUUGGGUUUCCGACGCUUAGAAAAAUGGCCCAGAAGAGACAGCAACAAGAAGCUUGCCCUGAUGACAGUGGUAGAAAAGCUCCUUCACUUAGAAGGUGAUUUUUUUUUCCCUAUCACAUAUCGUUCAUUGUUGUAAUUAUGAAUUGCAAAAUCGUGUAUGUGUUUUGUUCUUUGGUAAAUGUUUGGUUUCGAUGUGAUCUUAGGCAAUCAGGAUGCCAGUGAGGAGUAGCUAUUUAGAAAGAUAAUUUUAUCCCUCCUUUUUUAUGGGAUUACGUGUUUUAAUGGAAAGCUAAUACCCCUCCCUUUAGAUGAUGCAACUUAUGGAAUUACUUAUACCUCACUUUAGAGGAUGCAAUUUAUUUAUUUAUGUGUAGUUAUGUGGUUCCUGACUUACUGUUGGUAUGAAAUCUAGUGUUGUCAUGGAGGUAAUGAACUUGCGCAAAUUCCAACGGUUAAUUGAGCCAGCUCUGGAGCCAAUGAUCCGUAAAGUUGUGAAAGAGGAAGUUGAGUUGGCAAUGAGAAAGUAUUUGAUCAAUAUGAGGCGUUGUGGAAGAGAGUUAUGCUCUUCUGAAUCGAGAAGUUUACAGCUGCAGUUCCUGACUACCAUCUCUCUUCCUGUGUUUACUGGAACUCGUAUAGAGGGCGAGGAUUGUAACAAUUUGCAAGUUGCUCUGGUCGAUGCUCUUAACGGGAAAAUUGUUUCACUCGGUCCUCAAUCCUCUGCAAAAGUCGAAAUAGUUGUUUUAGAGGGAGAUUUUGAUAGUGAUGAAGGAGAGCAUUGGACUUAUGAAGAUUUUAAAAAUAAUAUUGUAAGAGAAAGAGAAGGCAAGAAACCCCUUCUCACUGGAGAUGUAUUUCUCACACUUAAAGAGGGCACUGGUGUUGUCAGUGACAUUUCUUUCACUGACAACUCAAGCUGGACGAGAAGUCGCAAGUUUAGGCUGGGAGCAAGGAUCGUAGAAAAUUUUGAUGGAAUCAGGGUUCGGGAGGCCAAAACAGAGUGCUUUAUCGUCAGAGAUCACCGUGGAGAGUUGUACAAGAAGCACCACCCUCCAUCGCUGACAGAUGAAGUAUGGCGGCUGGAAAAGAUAGGGAAGGAUGGAGCUUUUCACAAACGUCUGAACAAGGAAAGAAUCAGAACUGUGAAGGACUUCCUUACUUUAUUUUACAUUGAUCCUAUACGGCUACGAAAUAUCCUCGGAACUGGCAUGUCCACGAAGAUGUGGGAAGUCACAGUGGAUCAUGCCCGGACGUGCAUAUUGGACAAGGAGUUGUACUUGUAUUAUCCAUCUGGAUCUCAGCCGAAGAAGGGUGUUGUUUUCAACAUUGUUGGACAAGUAAUGGGUUGCGUCUCUGAUUGUCAGUACAUCACCAAUGAAAAGCUUUCUGAAGUUGAGAAGGCUUGUGCCCGUGACCUUGUAGUUUGUGCUUACAGGCACUGGCCAGAAGUGGUUAGCAUUGAUGACGAGGCAUCCCUCAUGGACGGCUCUCUAUUUUUGUCUACUAUAGAGUUCUCCUCAAACCCUUCGUUGCUGUUUAAUUCUGAUGGCAGCAAGGUUUUGAAUUCUCAUAAGAAUACCAAAUGUGAUUAUCCAGAGCCUAGUAACAGUUCUCCUGAUAUCUUGCCAUCCUUGUAUUCUCUUUCUGGUUUGACCAACCUAGAUGAGUAUAUCUUGCCCAAUAUCGACUCUAUGGAUAUUGGGCAACCUCUGAGCAUCCAAGGGCAAGUUGCAAACAACAUUCUAUGUGACACUGACUCCAUGGCUCGAGCUUUCUAUGAUGAUGAGCAUCUGCAAUUUUUUGAUCAUGAUUGCUCUCUCCAGACUUCAACUUUGGGAUCAUCAGCGGAUCUGCAAAAUGCUGUGAGUGGCUUUCUUUCUGGUACAGUUCACUAUAAAGCUCAGAUGAGAUGGAAAAUGUUGUUUUGUGUAUUGAGAUGGUUCUCAGUAAGAAGGAAGGUUGCAAGAAGGUUGCAUUAA